AUGUUUUCUUUCCAGGGUACUUUAAUUUAUGGAGACAUAGAUAUUGAGGAAAAUGACAAUAUAACAGAAAUAUAUCCAACAGAAUCGAAUUCACAGGAAACAAAAGAUUGGGCAGACACUUUCAUUGUACCUGAUACAGAUUUAUUCUCUACAUCAACAGCAUCGAUGGCUCAAGUUGUAAAUUCUGAUAAAUCACCAGAAGAACAAUUAGAAGAAAUAAAAGAAAUGGCAACAUCAAUAACAAACGCGAUACAAAAUGAAAUGGCUAAUCUUCUAACAUAUGCUUUAAGUAUAACCAAUAAUACUGAAGAUAGUAAUAGAAAGAAAAGAUCUAUCGACACACCAAUGGAUAGUACUAAAUUAGUUUGGAGAUUACUAAAGCAUAUUAAAUCUAAUAACGAAUAUCAAAAUAUAGCUAUAGAAAAGAUGAUGUCAGCUCAAGAAAUAGCUGAUAAAUACGGUAUCGAAUUUACACCUGACACUGAAAUAUUAUCAGAAUUAGCUGUCGCCGCAAAUGAACAAGCUAAAGAAUUAACAUCAAUUUUAAAAGACGCAUGUGAUUUGAAAAAUUGCAGCCAAAACUCAUUAACAAAUAACAGUUCUGAAUGUAUAAGAAAUAGAGAAAAUGAGAAUUACACAUGUCCGAUACAUUCUUAUAAUCUAUCAGAAAAUGAAACACAAUCAAAUAUGACAUUAUCUGUUGAAGAUGUCCCAAAAAAUGUAGUGUACGAUCAUGUACAUAACGUAGAUCCGUACACUUAUAAUAGUAUUUACAAUUCCCCAUACGAAACUCAAAUCCCAACGCCACCAGUCAGUCAAAAACAAACUUUUUACGACGCUGUGUCAUACAAUCCUAUGGAUUAUUAUGGACCGUAUUGUUCUAUUGAUGCACUAUCACCUUUUGAUGAUUAUUUGGAACCUGAACCAGAAAUAGUUGGUGAAGAAUUUGAAGAAACUAUUUCAUCUAAAAUAUAUGUUGAUCAUGAGGUGGAACCUGGAGCAGCGACAGUCAACCAUGUUAUGACUUAUACUAUUGCUGAGAAAACGCAUUACAGAACACCGCAAAUUGAAAACUUACCACAACAGAUGCAAUAUUAUUUCUUAUUAGUAUAA